UCCAGAUCACUACCUCACUCACCCACCGUCAAAAACUACGGCUCUCCUCCUCCGACGACAACGACGAACAAGACCUCAUCAGAAGGAAGCCAAAUGGAAUUCGACCUUCCGGUCCCCGGCUGACCAUUUCCGAUCCAGAAAUUACGGCCACGGAGACCCUCCACUGUAUCUCCGACCCCCAUUCGCCGACCGCCUCGUCUAACAUCACCUGACGACGACCUCCCCUAUCCUAGCUGCCUUGGGUCUCCGCCCAGCCGCCGAUGGGCCAAAACGCCUCCGCCAGCCGCUUCAAGAUCCAGCCGACGGCCCUGAUUCCGCUCAUCGGCGCCAAGGAAGGCAACGGCCAAAGCGAGGAGGUCGGUCCCGAGCCGUCUGAUUGCACCUCCGAUCUUCCCGACGAAUGUCUGGCCCUCAUUUUCGAGUCCCUCGGCCCCAACGACAGGAGGCAGUGUUCCCUCGUCUGCCGCCGCUGGCUCAGGAUCGAAGGACAGAGCCACCACCGCCUCUCCCUCAAUGCCAAUUCCGGCCUCCUCCCAUCGAUCCCUUCCUUGUUCGAGCGAUUCGAUGCAGUCACGCGGCUCACCCUCACGUGCGACCGGAGAUCGACGAGCAUCGGGGACGACGCGCUCGUGACGAUAUCCGUGAGCUGCUCGAACCUCCGGCGAGUGAAGCUGCUUGCCUGCCGCAACCUCACCCAUCGAGGCAUGGAAGCCUUCGCGAAAAACUGCAGGGGCCUCAAGAAGUUCUCCUGCAGCCAAUGUCCCGGCGUGGUGGGUGAUUCGCUGAGGACGAUAUUCUUGAAGGAGCUUUACAACGGACCAAGCUUCUACCCUUUGAUCAUCGGCUCAAAGAACCUGAGGACUCUGAGGCUCAUGAAGUGCUCGGGCGACUGGGACAGAAUGCUGCAGGCGAUAACAGAGCGGGUGCCCGGCAUGGUUGGGAUCCAUCUGGAGAGGAUUCAGGUGAGCGAUCUCGGCCUAAAUGCCAUUUCCAGUUGUCCGAGUUUAGAGAUAUUCCUCAUGAAGACGCCUUACUGCACAAAUCUCGGGCUUGCUUCAGUUGCCGAACAUUGCAGGCUACUGAGGAAACUGAGUAUUGAUGGAUGCAGGGCAAACAGCAUUGGUGAUCAGGGCUUACUCUCUGUAGCUACUUACUGCCAUAAUUUGCAAGAACUUGUUCUUGUCGGCGUGAAUGCUACAAGCUUGAGUUUAGGUUCAAUAGCUUCGAAUUGCCCGAAUUUAGAGCGAUUAGCGCUCUGUGGUAUCAAGACAGUGGGCGAUGCUGAGAUUGCGUGCAUUGCUGCAAAAUGUACUGCCUUAAAGAAGCUCUGCAUUAGGAGCUGCCCAAUCACGGAUCAGGGAGUAGAAGCGGUAGCUAGUGGGUGCCCUUGUUUGGUGAAAGUGAAGAUAAAGAGGUGUAAAUCAGUGACUCGCAGGGCAGUAGGUUGGUUGAGAGCCCGGCGAGAAUCACUCACUUUGGAUCUGGAUACAGUCGGCGAUCAAGAACUGGGGUAUCUGACUGGUGGUGGUGACUGGUGACGAUUUAAUGCGAGAAGAUGUAAUUGGGCAACUGCAUUUGCAGCGGUAAUGCAUUUGAGUCAAGUUUAGAGAUGCUGACUUCUGGUAUGGAUGAGAUUCGAUGUAUGAUACUCAAUUUGAAGGUCCAUUUAUGGGGAUCAUGAUUCUUCAGGUUUCUGCAUUACAAUCAUAUACUGUCGAAAGAUGCAGCUGCAAAUUGGUGUUCUCAUUUCGAUCUUGAUCUCAUUCAGACACAAACAUUUUGGUGUGUCCAUUCGAUAUCAUGCUCUAAUCAUUCUCCCUGAGAUAAUUCAAUCGGCUUCAUUCCAGAGCUUACACUACUUUUGAUGCCAAGAAUCGGUUCUAAUAGUCGUGAUACUUUAUUGAUUUCCACAAUUUAGUUGCCAUUGAUGUUUGAGAUCCGUGGGAUGCCCUGAAACCCGAUUAAGGAGUCACACCGUAUAGUUUAGGCAUGAAGAUGUAAGAAACAUUUCUUGGCCAAUCACCUGUGGAUAUAUUAUCAAACUUACUGCCUCA